AUGGCGGGUGUGCAUGAUGCACGCGCGGAAAUUCUCGCAAUUAACGUUUCUUUUGUUAACCGUUCGCAGUUUUAUACAUUUGUAGUCUCCUUUGAUGGUCGAAUGAAUUAUGUAGUAUUCAGGCCCUUUGAGAUGGACAACGAAGACGAGGUCAUAGUGAAGAAGAAGCGGGUUAAAAUAAAGAAAAAAGUGGAAUCCGAUGACGAAGAAGAACAGGAUGAUGCAAUCGAUAUGGAAGUCAGUUUCAAUGUUAAUUUUGAUUAA